CCCCCUCCUCAACUGAAAACCGUCUGUAUGGAAGCGGAUUUAAGCGAAUCAUUUACAUGUACGGCACAUGUUAACAGUUGUGUUGUGUGUUCAGAAUCAGAACAAUCCAUGUCCGUUGGCCCCAUAACUCAUACAUAUAUACAUAUGUAUACACGUGCUUGGGAAUGUGUCGUGCUUGCAUCUAUUGAUGCCUGCAUAUGGGGGUGCUGCCCAGGUGGUUGUGGCUCUCGAGUCACGUGCCGGUGCCACUUUGAAUGCCUCCAGAUGUUCGAUCAUCAUCGACAAUGAGCCUCACCGAACUAUCUCCGUCUCCGUCCCCACGAGGGCCUCCGCCAGUAUGUAACCUAGCUUCUGGAGAGCUUCUGUACCUAAGACGCCGGGAUGGCUUCUAAUACCCGGACGCCAUGGCCAAACUAUCGGUUGUUAUUUCCGCGGACUGCCCCGUUCCAUCCAACCGCACCGCAGGAACCAAUCUGCAUAAGCUCCAUCGGGCUUCUCCAUCUACCUUAGCAUCGAUUCAUCUUGUCACAGCCCUCUAGCACCAUAUCAACAGCGGGUACCUCCACCGCCAGCCUUCAAAUUGCCGUGAGCCCCCCCCAAUCCUUACGUACAAUGCCUUCAGCCCGCUCCACAGCCCGAACCACACAACCUGUGUCAGCCCGAGACAACUUGACCCGUUCAUCUGUCUCCAAUGGCUGAUCCAGAGAUUGAACUGCCCAUGACGUCGGCCCAGUUGCAGUUGAGCAACAGUCAAAGCGAGUCGGGAAUAAGCACCUCACCUGCAAUUCCCGAGAAGGUAUCCCCCACAUCCAGGAGCAGUGUCAGCUCGUCCGCCAACAACCCCAAAGAAAAGAGUGACGGCGACGCAUUCCCAGACGAUGGAGACGAAGACGACGAGCAACCUAUCGGGGAGAUUGUUCACUAUUAUCUCACAGAAGCUACGGUUCUACCCAGUCCGGCCACAAUAAUACCUUCGAGAGCAGGGCAAGCCGCGCCUCCAGAUCCGCCGGACAUAAGACAAUAUGACUCCCCCUUUGAAUGGCCAGAGAGGCGGAAAAGAAUGCUGAUAAUCAUCUCUUGUAUCAUCACUUCACUGACCGCAUUUUCUGCUGGAGCCUACAGUCCUGGAGUGGCCCAGAUGGCAGCAGAGUGGCAUGUGAGUAAUGUCGCAGUCCUGGUCGGCAUUACCAUGUUCACAGUGGGUUUUGGCAUCGCCCCUAUGGUGCUGGCACCGUUUUCAGAGAUCAAUGGGAGAAGACCAGUCUUCAUCGCUUCUGGCAUACUGUUUGUCAUUUGUCAAUUAUGCAGCGGUUUGACGCAAUCGUAUGCUGGCAUGCUCGUUGUGAGAUUCUUCGCUGGUGUAGGAGGGUCUACAUUUUCAACAAUGGUCGGUGGCGUUGUCUCUGACAUCUAUCACACCGCUGACCGCAACACCCCAAUGGCUUUGUUCUCCUUUGGAGCUUUAUUCGGUACGGGCCUGGGCCCUCUGGUCAGUGGUUUCAUCGCUCAAAACACCAAUUGGCGUUGGAUAUUCUACACGCAAACGAUAUCCUGCGCGGUCAUGGUGGGAGUCAUCUGCAUCGUUUUCAAAGAAACGCGUGGAUCGGUCUUGCUAAGUCGCAAAGCACGAGCUCUCAACAAGUGGUACGAAGCGCGUGAGGCAGGAGGUUAUUACGGCUUCAAGAUGCCUGUUGAGGGCGAGACGCGCAACCAAAAAAGUGAAAGGAUACGUUGGAAAGUCAAAGAAGACGAGGAGCGAACAAGCCUAACAAAGUCCAUCGGCGUGUCACUGUUUCGCCCCUUCCACCUCCUCUUCACUGAACCCGUGGUCUUCUGGUUCUCCCUCUGGGUCGCUUUCAGCUGGGCCGUUUUAUAUCUUACUCUCGCCGCCAUCCCGCUCGUCUUUCAAGCCAACCAUGACUUCACGCUACAGCAGGCUAACGCUGUCUUUGCUGCCAUGUGUAUCGGGGCCAUCGUCGCCACCGUUCUGUCAAUCUAUCAGGACCGCAUUGCUAGACGCUAUAACAAACUGCCACCCACACCCGAAGCACGCUUGUACUUUUCAUGCGUCGAGUCAGCGUGCAUGCCAAUCGGUCUGUUCAUGUUUGGCUGGACAAGUGCCAGCAGCAUCCAUUGGAUUGUCGCCUCCAUCGCAAUCGCAAUCGCGACCAUUGGCAUCUUCUCCAUCUACCUGAGCGUCUUCAAUUACCUGGCCGAUACGUAUCAUCGAUACGCGAGCUCUGCUCUAGCGGCCCAGUCAUUCUGUAGAAAUAUGCUUGGCGGCGUGUUUCCCCUUAUAACAACACAAAUGUACACGCGACUCGGUUUCGGCGGCGCCUCGAGUUUGCUCGGUGGGAUCGGUGCACUGCUCACGCUCGUGCCGUGGGUGCUGGUUGUGUACGGUCCGCGUAUUCGUGCGAGGAGUACAUUUGCCAGCGAGAUCAUGGAGAAGUGA